AUGGAGAUCGAAUCGAAUUGCUGUUGCUGGUAUGACAAAUGUCUACCAAAGCCACCAUUACCGUCACUGGAUCAUUGUCUGGAUCGUUAUCUGGAAUAUGUGGGAGUGGUGGCCGAAGGACAAAACCGAGAUGUUCUAAGUACUGUGCACGCGGUAGAGGAGUUCCGAAAAAAUGGCCUGACCUAUCAACGGCGUCUGCAACAACUUUCCGAAAGCGAAGUCAAUUGGAUUAACCAAUUUUGGCUGCCGGAAAUGUAUUUACGAAUUCGCUUGCCGCUGCCAGUUAAUAUAAGUCCAGCCUAUAUUUUUCCCCAGCAACAUUUCAAAGAUGAAGAGGAUUGGUUAAGAUACACUGCUUUUCUAAUCAGAGGAAUGCUAGAAUACAAGAACAAAAUUGACACAAAACAACUUGAACGAGAGUUUUCAACUGGAAAAAUCAAAGUUCGGAUGUGUAUGAAGCAAUACGAUAGCAUUCUUUCGCGUUACAGGCAACCAGCUUUGAAUCAAGAUGUCCAACUGAUGAAACAAAAGCAAAACAACGGAAAUGAACAUAUUCUUGUUAUGUGCAGAAAUCAGGCCUACGUUGUGCAUACUCGUAUUGGAGGGCAUAUGCUUCCAUUUGCUGACAUUCUUUUCCAACUUCGUGAGGUACUACGAAUGUCUGAGGCCAGAAAGGAUAUGGCCAUCCCGAUCGGUGCUUCGGCAGCUGGCGAUCGUGAUACUGCGGCUCAGUUUUGGAAUACGCUUCAGGAAGUAGAUGUGAACUGCAUUUCUCUCACAUGGGCACAAGAAGCAAUAUUCGUCGUGUGUCUGGAUGAUGAGGAUAAGAAAUCCAGGCCAGCGCAAAACUGGUCCAACAUCCAAGACCAUGAAAAGGACUUCGUGGCAAGAGGGAAACAUAUUUUGACUGGCGGUGGACCCCGAGGGCACGGACUUAAUCGGUGGUAUGAUGCCACCAUACAGCUGGUUGUUGGUAGUAGUGGCACAAACGGGUUCUGUAUUGAACAUUCAGUGGCCGAGGGUAUAGUUAUUAUUAAUAUGGCCGAAAGUGCACUGAAAUACGAACGAGAAAACAAGAAUCGAAAUUUGAUCAGUCGAACACAAAGAGAAAUACGUCCUAAACCACUUACAUGGCAUGUGGAUAGAGAAGCGUUGAUGUUGUUGGAGAAGCAGAAAGCCACAUUGGAAGAGUUAACACAAGAGCUAGACUUGGACGUACUGAUAUUCAACGAUUUUGGACGAGAUUUUAUUAAAGGACACAAAUUUAGCCCGGAUGGAUUUGUCCAACUAGCACUUCAACUAGCACACUUCAAGUUACACGGCUACCUUGUGUCCACCUACGAAUCCGCCUCUCUUAGACGGUAUAGAGCUGGACGUGUAGAUAAUAUUAGAGCAAAUACGAAGGAAGCACUUGAUUGGGUUAAGGCUAUGACAAGGGACAUACCAAAGGAAAUAAGAUUAAAACGUAUGAUGAAAGCAGCGGAAAAGCAAGCGAAGGUUACGCAAGAGAAUAUCGCCGGAUUCGGCAUUGAUAAUCAUUUGUGCGCCUUAUCUGUAAUCGCCAGACAAUCAAUGGAAUCCGGUGAGAUAAAAGUGUUGCCGGAAAUUUUCCUCGAUCCUAUGUGGAACGAACUUAUGCGAUUUCCUUUGUCAACAAGUCAGGUGACAACCUCAGCCGAUAUUCCUGACUGUUAUCUAUGCUAUGGUGCUGUUGUUCGUGAUGGAUAUGGCUGCUCGUACAACCUCCAGAAAGAUGCAAUAAUUUUCGCGCCUUCUGCGUUUAAAUCAAAUCCUCGAACUAAUCUUUCUGCUUUUAAAGAGUCGAUUCGAGCGGCCCUUCGUGAUAUGAAAAGCUUAAUAGCAGAUUGA